UCCAUAGAAACACUAACAAACAUGGCGGAUUCAGAUUUACUGUGAGAAAAAGUAAUUUUGAGACGAUAUCUUGCCAAGAGAAGGAACCCCCAACUUAACGAGGUUCAAUGGACGUCGAAGACAGGGACAGUGCAUCUGAUGUGGCGUCAGACAGGAGUGGACCGCUGGGUGUCCACCUCAGCCCUGAUGAAGACAUUGGGGGAGAUGGUCCAGACGAGGAGACCUUUGACGAUGAAGAAGCAGCCCUUCCUCCUGAUUUGGAGUGGUUAGAAGAGUUGUAUGAAGACGACGAUGGCGAUGGCAAUGGCGACCUUGCGUUUGCGGCUGACAGUGGUAAGAAGAGGAGUUAUUCCGCGACAGCACGGAUGUUCAAGCUGAGACGAAACCUGGACCAGCUGGACUGCUUUCACCGACAGAAGGAGCAUGACGUGCUGAACGCCAGGGAAGAGCUCAAACUCUGUCGUCAGAACAUUAAAAGUUUGGUGGAGCAGAGGAAUGACAUGGAGGAAGAGAUAGAGCGACAAAAAGCAGCAGACAACAGUGUGGUGGUGUUUCGUUUGCGAGCACAGCAUAAGCAUCUGUGUCAAAAGCUGCAGAGUGAGGAGGAGCUGGAGGGCCACAUCAACACUGAGCUGAAGCAACAAGAACUGGAGCUGAUUGAGGUGGAGGUGGAGCUUGGCAGGUUCUCCUUGCUCCGGCAGGAGGUGCAGGAGGAGGAGCGGGUCUUCCAGGCCCUCAAGGCUGAGAAGGCAGUGACGAGGAUGCAGCAAGAGAGGAAAGCCAGCCAGAACCUGCAGCGCAAGAUGCAGCAUCUCAGGGAUAAACAGGCAGCCAUGCUGAAGAAAGAGGAGUCUGGAUGUCAGAAGGAAAUUGAAGAGGGCCAGGUGAACCGCAAGAUAGCUGCCAAGUACUUAAAAGAGACCAUUAAAAGGAUGCAUCAGCAAGAGGCUGAGAAGAAGCAGCAGAACAGAGAGUUACUGGAAAAGAGGAAACAGGCUGUCAAGUCACUGAAAUCAAACAUAGCAGCCACCCAAGAGAGCUUACGGGUCCAACAAAGCAGAGCCAAAGCAAACGCCCAAAAGAAAGAGCAGCAACAGAGACAACUGAGAGAAUCCCUGCAGGCCCAAGGAAUCAACAAUACCAAGCAUAUGUACCAACAGAAGCAACUAGAUGAGAUCAAACGAAAACAAGAGGAAUUUGAAAAGAGGCAGAAGUCAAAGAGAGUGGAGAUUGUAGCAAAAAUCCUCCAGGAGGAACAGCUGGUAAAGAGAAGAAAGAGGCACCAGGCACUGCUGCCUAAACCAUCAGCCACUGACAAGUUCCCAUCUCUGGGGAUGGCAAGAGAGAAGCUCCUGUACUACCUGGAUCCCAGCCCCCCAUUAGCCAGGGAGGAGAGAGACACAAUCAAGUUAAGAGAGUUCAGCAACAUCAGCAGCAGCUCAUCUUCAGCUUCUUCUGAUGUUGAGGACCUGGAGGAAACCAUGCGUCCAGAAGUGGACCACCAGAGCCUUGCUGAAAGCCUGGCUGAGCCUGAGUUCUCUGGUCUGUGGGAGCAGAACUGCAAGAAGCUCCUGAAUGAGAAAACUAUGUUGGGGCAGACAGAAGUAAAGCAGGAAGAAUAUGCAACGCCCAGUGGAAAUCUCAACAUGCCUGCUAAAAAAGUUCAUGGGAAAGAGUUGAAAGGGCCUCCAUUCACCAGUAAACCAGACAUCAUCCUCUUCAAGGACUUUGAAGUGGGGAAAAUAUAUAAGAAGAAAAUCAUCCUGACUAACAUCAGCUACAUCACUAACCACUGCAAGCUUCUCGGGGUCUCCGCCCAUCUGAAGGAUUUUAUCUCUAUCAACUUUGAGCCUCCUGGUUCUUUAUCUACUGGGAUGUCUUGUGACAUGCAGGCAGUUUUUCAACCUAUGAUCAACGAGGACCUGGAAGGAGAGGUCCAGUUUGCAUCAGCAGUGGGUCCCUUCUCUGUGCCCGUCAGAUGCACCAUAAAGAAAUGUGAUCUGGAGGUUGACAGCCAGUUCCUCGACUUUGGUUUGCAUGUAGUAGGCCAGACUAUUUCACGGACUAUGACCUUGACCAACAAGGGUGCACUGGCCACCCACUUCAGCUUGGACACCUCCACAUGUCUCAGUCCAGAAACUAGCCAGGUCCAGAUGCCAUCCCAAGUCUUUGUCAACACAUACCAGCAGAUAAGCGGUCAAAACACAACAUGUGACAACCAGAGGAGCUCUGCAUCCAUGGGCACGGAUGAACCAAAGCAAGAGAGUCAGGAGCUCUUUGAGGCAUUGCAGCAAGAGCAACCAGUGUCAGAGGCUUCAGCUACAGGUCCAGAAGCUCUUCCCGAGGCAUGUGUCUCCACUGAUGUGGAUGCCCAGACGGACCAGGGCCACUCAGACCCCGGGGACAUAAGGCUAGGAAAUUUUAGAGAGGGGGAGAUUGGACCUUUUCAAAGCAUCAAACUGGAAGUUUUAUUCACUCCAACCAUUCCAGGAGAGGCCGAACUGGACUUCCACAUCAAAUUCUCAGACUUAACCAGCAAACCAAUACCCAUCCAGGUGAGGGCUGUGGCAGUCAGCAUCCCUGUAUGGGUGGUCCAGCCCAGCCUUGACCUGAAGAUCUGCAUGUUUGACCGCCUCUAUCAAGACAGUAUCAUGGUCCAAAGCAGGGCCAGCACAGCCUUGAAGCUGACCUUUGAGGUGUGCCUGGAAAUGAGGAAACACAUGGAGAUCGUACCAAAGACAGGCUUCAUACAGGCUCAGUCAAGCUUUAAUGCCCAACUCAAGUUCCUUCCGAGAUGCUCUUUAUCUAAAGAUGCCAAGACAUUUUUUGACAGGGAUACAGGAGUCCUGGAAGUCCCAAUGACAGUGCAAGUAGCAGGGCAGGUGAAGCCUGUUCAUUUCACUGUCCAAGCAGUUGUGACCACCUCAGAUCUGGAGUUUGACCGGACUGAGGUGGACUUUGGCUACUGUUCCAUUUACCAGUCAGUGAAGAGCAGCGUUCGGCUCACCAACCUGUCCCUGCUGCCUCAGGACUUUGGCUUCUUGGGUGUUCCGGAGUUUAUUGAGGUCCAGCCUAAUGAUGGCUUUGGCACUCUGCUCCCACAAGAGACCCUGCAGAUUGAUCUGAUUUUCAGUGCCAACAAGGCUAAAGAGUACAGUUUCCAGCUCAGCUGCAAAUCUGGAAUUAACAGAGAUUUCCGUCUGUCUUGCCGAGCGGUGGGUGUCCGCCCUCCACUGGAGCUGUCCCAUUCUCUGGUCCAGUUUGGGGCCACGGCAGUAGGUGACCACUCCACUGCCAUACUUUACCUGAUCAACCAUCAAACCAACCAUAUCCAGUCCAAACAACCAAUCCCUCCACUGGUCAAGGACGCCGUGGUUCCUGUAGCACCCAGGCUGUUCUCCUUCACCCUGCCCAAGGAUUCAGACAUCAGCAUCACUCCUUCAGCGGGUGGCCUGCUGCCCGGAGAGAGAUGUCUGGUCCAGGUGAAAUUCAGACCCAGACUGUUGGAGCAGGAGAUCAAAGAGGAGGCGCUGCGUCUCCUCCACCGAGCCAAGUUGCUCCGUGAGAAGGAGUUGGAGAGGAACAGACACGCUGAGCAGGAGAAUAAAAAGGAGGUCCCAGUGGAAACCGGUAAAGGAAAGAAGGCGCCUGUGGUUCCAAAGAACAGCAAUGUGUCAGACGGCCCACAGACAGAACAACCAACUGAAUCACCAAAUCCUGCCGACAUACAACCGGGGUCAGAGCAGUAUGAGGAGGCCCGGGCCUCUCUGCUGUACUCCUUCACACAACGCUACAGCGAGUUCACCAUUCCCUGCUUUGUGUCGGACGGAAACCCUCCAGAGGAAGACCGACAGGCGCAGCCAGCAUGGAGUCCCUUCAAUACUCUUUACUUGAAGCUGCAGUGUCCUGCUGUACAGCCCCCUCUAGUGGUAAUAUCCAACAAUGGACACAAUAUCAUAGACUUCCAUCAGGUGGCAGUGGGAGAAAAAGUGAUCAAGAGAUUAACAGUUCAAAACAUAUCGAAGGAAUCUUUGGAUCUGACGUCAUCGGUGCUGGAUACACAUGGUCCCUUUUCCAUUCUGAAUGCUCUCAGAUGCAUAAGACCUGGAGAGAAUCACACUCUGGUACUGGCCUUCAGUCCAUCUCUGGAGAAAAAGUACUGUGAGACUCUGGAGGUACGAAGCCAGAAGAUGACCCUGGAGAUGACUCUGUGUGGGGAGGGUGUGGUCCCUGCUGUCACCUGCUCCCACCCGGGAGGUCUCCUUGACUUUGGCUAUGUGUUGGAGAAGGAGAGCUCCUCACAGGUCCUGAAGCUGCAGAAUAGCUCAGCGGUGGCAGUGGGUUUCAGGGCCCUUCUGGCCAGCCUCUCUCCUUCCAGGCCUCAGGGUGGAGCUGACAAGUUGGCCUUCCUGCUGGGCCAUUACACAGACUCUCAGGUCCAGCCUACUGUGGGAACCCAGAACUACAGUGGGCUGAGUGUGUUCAGUGCUGUGCCAGUAGAGGGCAGCAUUGCUCCAGGACAAAGCCAGGACAUCACUGUUACCUUUCAGCCUGACCACCAGUCUGUCAACUAUUCUGACAGACUAACCAUAGAGCUCAUGAAUAAGAGUAAAGUGUGUGUGAUGGAUCUGAAGGGCGCGGCUUCUUCACACAACAUGUAUCUAUAUGGAGGAGACCUGCUGACAGUGCCAAUCGAAUCCCUCCUCCCUGCACUGAUAACCAGUCAACCUCCACUCACAGCAGAGUCUGAGGUGAUGGAGAAGCCCACCAUCCCUGUGCUGGUGACUCUGCGGGCCUGCUACAGCGCAGGAGCCAUCACACCUGCAGUGAGGGAGCUGCAGGUGGGCUGCAUCCGCUCCAUACAGCCCAGUAAGAAGAGCGGAGAGUUUCAGUGGGACAACGUGGCGUCCUUACAGCAGCAAGGCUUCAGUGUGGAGCCCAGCAAAGGCACUGUGGAGGCAGGCCACAAACGCACCAUCAAUGUCACGUGGAAUCCCCACUGUGGAUACAAGCCCUAUGAGGUGGUGCAGACAUGUGUGCCUCUUACCUUGAAGUGGGAUGAGACGAAUGUUUACAGAGUCACCCUGAUGGCUUUGGUCUCCGCCACUGCUGACUGACCUCUGCGGUAUCUGGAUGCCGGCCAAUGGGAAAUCUGCUCACACGCACACUGACACGAUACACAAAGACAUGUGAUAUACUCUAUAUUUAUGUGGCCAACAUUAACAAAUAAAUAAAUCAUUUAUGACUUUGAUGAA